UUAAUAAAAAACAUCAUAUUUCUGUAUGUUUUGAUACAUUGGAGAUAUUGUAAUAUUUAAUUAAUCAAUUUAAUAAGUUAAAAUAUUUAUAUAGUUUGGUUCAUAAGGUAUUUUACAGUACGUUUUCAAUAUAUUUGUAAAAUGGAUCUGUGCGGAACGUCUUUUUACGAAAUGAUAUCUUAAGCAAGUUUUAUGCUAAAAUCGUGAGCAAGUUGAAGAAAAGGUGGGGCUCAAACUAGCUCACUAGCACCUAAUUAUUGGUAGUGGCGUUAAUUGAGUCCUACAUUUUGAUAUUCCGACGUUUUGUCGAAAUGGAAUAUAAACGCGUGCUUAUUUCUUAUAUAUUUCAAGGAAUGACUUAAGAUUGGAUAUUAGCGUUUGCUGUUCUUAUAUAUUAUGAUUGUCACUUAAGAACUGUGUUAUGUAUACUUUGAUAGAAAUCCUUUUGGGCCUUGGAGUGCUUGGCACUCUGGUGACAGUCAUAUCUGCAUGUGUUUGUGGUUGCAGAAAUUCCAAUCAGAAAAGUGAGUUGGUUGGCACAGCGGGAGUGGUCAAAAUUCAUUUGGAUGAGGAGGCUCCAUCGCCAACGCCAACCACUCCAGCUUCUAUUAAGCGAGCCUCUACUCAAAAUAGUCAACGAAGUUUACCAGAAAUACCACAUCCAGUUGGUAGACAUGACAGUGGAGAUACAGCUUCAGAAAUUUAUGCAACAGUUAAUUUGGAUGAGGCGAACAAGGUCGCUGCAACGACGUCAAGAGAUCACCCAUACGAGCACGCCUACGCCAAACUGCAAAAUGAAAGCCAUAACAUAACUGUUGAAAUAACGACGGACGAAAGUUCCGAAGUCGAGAUUCAAAUUGAUGAGAGGGAAGCGACGCCGUCAGCUGCAGAGUCUGUGCCAAUUUCGGCAUCCGUGGCCAUAAGCGGACAAUUGCCGUCGAGUCAGGAGCUGCCUUAUAUUACACCGCCUUCGCCGAGACCGAUCCCCGAACCCGCAGUUCACUUCAGUGGGGAUUCAACGGAUUCUGCCAAGGGCUACACAAGUAUAUCAGUACGGGAACCACUGAGUAACAUUCGUGCUCAAACCAUCAAACCAUCUCAACCCCACUAUGCCACCGUAUCUGAUGAUUCUGAUGAAAUGUACGCGGCAAUAGAAGAAGCGAGCGUCGGCGAAGGUUCCGACACGUACGCGCAGAUUCCGGACCCGCGAACACGAAGGACCACGACACAAGCGAUUGUUCAACAACCACCCGCAGAUAACACACAUACACACGAAGUUACUGUUCAUGCAAGGAGAAGUGCGCCACCUGAAGUCGGUGCUUCAACAUCUCAUAACACACAUUCCCGACAAGCAUCAAUGUCGUCAUGUUCGAACUCCGCGGGUGCGUUAGGAUCUCCAAAGCCAGAGAAGCGUCAGGCGAACUCGCCUUUACCCCCACCGCCGCAAGCGCACGAUCCCAAACAUCACCGGAUAAAUAGUGCCAGUGAUCUCCACUUUAAUCAUGAUAAACUCCGACGAAGUCUUAACGAAAAGCACCAACGAAACAACAGCUGUGUCAGUUCCUCGGACUUCUACGGCUGCAACUAUCCCGUCGAAAAACAUCGGUUUAGUUCCGGGGACUUGAUAAGACCCCUCGUCGCGAAAGAAUUGAAUUUCGACAUCGAUCAAAAGGAACAAGCGGAUAAUCUGUACAAUUCCAUCGAAGGACCAAAUCUGAGCGACUACUCUUCCGCCGACGCUAAUACGAGUAUAAACUCCGAGCGGGCCACGGAAAGCCCUUCCAGAAACGUCGAAGAAAUGUACGCAAAGGUUAUGAAAAAAACUAAAACGAAAGAAGAUACAAAGAAAGUCAAAGACUCCAAUGAAGAGAAAUUAAAGUUUCGCGGAGACGAUCCCGGAUACGAGACGAUAGAUCGAAAUCAAUCCCUUCACGGAUACGAAACAAUAUCCAGGAAACGGAAGAGUCAGAACCAAGAUCCCGGCUACGAGACAGUAAAAGAAAUGCACAUCGGACAAAACUUCACCAACAAUAACCUCAAACAACACUUGGUGUCCGACAGUGGACCGAAUAGCAUCAUCAGCAACGACGCCGGCUACGAGCUGAUAGCCAAAACAGACAACAAUGCCUCGGAUUCCGAUCCGAACUAUGAAGUUUUACGAAAUAACCCACCGACUCCGCCAUACGCCACUAUCAGCUCCAAUUACAAAGUACAAGCGACGUACUCCACAGUGAACAAACGAACGGGCAAAUACAGCAGUCUGCCGAACAAUAACGAACCGAGUGCCGAGCCUAACUAUGAGUCGGUGACGAAUGAUCCGAUAUAUACGACUGGGAGCGAAUCGGACCCCAACUACGAGUCAGUGAGGCCCAAAGAGCCGAAUUACGAGUCUCUGAGGGGCAAAGACCCGAAAUAUGAAUCGGUCCGAUCGAAAAACUCCAGACACGACUCGGUCAGGUCCAAAAACGAUCCUAACUACGAAAGUGUGAAGUAUUUUGAGCUUUCGAAGAAAGAGCCGCCUUACGAGAAGGUCGAUAUGGGCGAGAAUUCCGGCGUCGAAAGGUCCGAUUCCGCUGCGGGUUACGAGAGGAUAAAUAUAUCGAACAAUAGGGAACCGAAGAGUAUUAACAAUAGUGAUUGCACCGUGAGUGAUUACUUCCAAGUUUAAUAACAAAAUUUAGUAUUUUUGAACAUUUACGUGUGUAAUUUGAGAUUGCUUUUAUUUAUUCAUGCGAAUUUUGAAUAUUAUCAGUUUAGAAUAUCGUUAACGAUAUUGUUCAUUAGCCGGUUAGAAGGAAUUGUAGUUAAAUGGAGGAGUAAUCUGAGGAGUGGUAACAGUUAAAUUCAUUAACCGGUUGAGUUCCUAUAUUCAUUUUAUUAACAAAUGUGCCUCGUUGUAAUUUAAAAUUAAUCAAAUUUUGAUUAUAAAGGGAACAAUGAGUCUUAUGUAAUAUGCCGUCAAGAUAAAAUUCUUUUGAAGUCCUAUUGCACAAGUCUUGAAUUUAAAGGUUCUUCGUCUGUAAUUAAAAGAUAAAUAAUAAAAUGAAUAUAUUAAUCAGCCACUUGUAUUAAAUACAGUCACAAUAACUUGGAAUGAAAAUUGCAUUCCAAUAGAAAAUUCCUAGCGAAACCCGUAUAGCUAACAGACCGACUUAACCAUCCUAUUCCUUAUAUAUCUGUGAUAUGUAUUGUAACACAAUUAUUAUUUCACCUGAAAAUAUAUAAAAAAAUGUUAAAAUUUUGUAAUCUCCAUUUUUGUGUGUUCGUAAUUUUGACACCAACUUUUUUAUAAUUGUACAACGCGAUUGUAAAUACCGCUAUUUAUUAGUAUAUAGACUAUGUUUAGUAUGACACAUAGUGUCAGUAAGUCUGUCCAGUCAUACCCACAUUAGCAAUAAUCAAAUAUUUAAUGCGCAUACGACAAACUUUAUGGCAAUUCUAAAUAUUCCAAAACAAUACUUACACCAAGGAAUUCAUUUUCUUAGAUAGAUAUCGUUAUUAUAAUAUUGAUAUUUUUAUUAUAAUAUUGAUAUUUUUAUUAAAUCAUAGAAUGCUAUACUUUUAAAAUAGUUUCACUUCGAACUAAUAAUCUCGUUCUUUUAAAGUCGGAUAAAAAUACAUCAAUGUCUGGAUUCACAAGAACCAACAGCCUUGAGGGACGUUAUAUCUAUGAAGGUAUUACUCAACAUCGGCUGGGGCUAAUAUUUAAUGUUAUAUUUAAAUAAUAUUGUGCUGAAACGUCUGUAUAAAUGAUUUAGUAACAAUUUUAAAAUAAUAAUAAGACGAUAUCUUGUCUCCUCUGUCUGGUUAACCGUAAGCGAUAAUAAAUUUAAAAAAAUUUUUUAUUGAUGGUAAAAUAACUUUAAAACUUAAUUUUUACCAUUCAGUGGUAAAAAUAGAGAGUCAAGAGUCUUCCACGCUUCCCUUUAAAGACAUUACUUUCACAGAAAAUUUUUGUUCUGGCUGAGCUAACUUCUGCCAAGAACUCAAAAAAUACAAACCUAAUCGUUUGUUAAGGGCCUAAGGUUACUAGCGAGAUGACAUUGCAAAUAAAUGCGAUUACAAAACGGUUUUAUUACUAGAAAUAAUGUCGUUAUUUAUUUCUUUAUUCUAUUUCAAUACAAAUCCAUAAAGUUUGUCACUUUAUUGUAAUAGUGCCUUGUAAACGCACAAAAUGAUUCUUGCAUUUGGUAUGGUCAUUUCCAAUUUUUUUGAUGCAAUUUAAAGUAUUAUUCGCAAUGGUGAUUCUAAUAUAUUUCUAGUUAAGUUUUGUUUUAAGAAUGUUAUGUUUGUUACUUUUAUAACUUGAAAGUUGAGUGUUUCCUUUAUUGCCAAUAAGUGCAUAAUUAUAGUACAGUACCUGAGAGAAUUAUUAAGAACUGAUUGUGCUAAAUAGGUACAUUAUAGUCCAUAGGUACUUAGAAAUCACACAGUACAUUUUACAACUGAGUUUUUUUCCAGACUUAAACAUAAUUUAAUGCUGUAUGUCACUAUAGUUCCAUAUAUUCUAUAAAGCAACAUAAACUUAAUAGUGACUAAUCUUAUAAGUUUGACUAAUCGAUUCUGUACUUAUGUCAUAUUUAUAAUCAUGUAAUCAUUCCAAAAUAUUACACAAAACAGUGUCAUUAACACAUAUUAUCAAAAUACAAGUAUAAAUGCCAUAUUCUAUAAA